AUGUCCUCUGUGGUCCUGGUGGGAACGUCCAUAAACGAACGGGACCAGAUGCUGUUCCUCAGUGUGGACGAGGGCUCCUCUUUCCAGCGGCAGGUCGUCCACUUCACCCCCGACACGCUGCUCUUCCACCCGAGCGAGGAGGACAAGCUGCUGGCCUACUGCAAGGACGGGACGCUCUACGCUUCCACAGAUAUGGGGAGAAAGUGGACGAUGCUGCAGGAGAGAGUCACCAAGGACAAAAUCUUUUGGUCGGUGUCUGGUGUGGACUCGGAUCCGGACCUGGUGCACAUGGAAAUGCAGGACGCCAGUGGAGGGUACCUGUACGUGACCUGCCUGAUCCAGAACUGCUCGGACAAAAUGGUGACGGCUCAGUUUUUGGGGAAAAUCGACCACAACUCUCUCCUGGUGCAGGACAGCUACAUCUUUGUGAAGGUGACCAUCGGGAAUCGUACAAAGCACUACGUCUCGUAUCGUCGCAACGAGUUUGUCCAGAUGCGGUUUCCUAAGUACGCUCUGCCGAAGGACGUGCAGAUCGUGAGCACGGAUGAGAAGCAGGUUCUGUUGGCGCUGCAAGAGUGGUACCAGAGUGACACCUAUAACCUGUACCAGUCCGACCCACAGGGGGUCUAUUACUCUCUGCUGCUGGAGGACGUCCGCAGCACCCAGCAGCCUGAGGAGAACACACUCAUCGACAUCCUGGAGGUGAAAGGAGUGAAAGGAGUGUUCUUGGCCAAUCAGAAGCUGAGCGGGAAAGUGACCACAGUCAUCACCUACAACAAAGGCAGAGACUGGGAGCAACUGACGCCUCCAGCGACAGACAUGAACGGGAAGAGCCUCAGCUGCAAGGCGCCGGACUGCUACCUGCACCUGCACCUGCGCUGGGCCGACAACCCCUACGUGUCCGGGACGGUCCACACCAAAGACUCCGCCCCCGGACUCAUCAUGGGAGCAGGGAACCUUGGAUCCAAACUGGUGGAGUACAAGGAGGACAUGUACGUGACCUCGGACUGCGGCAAGACGUGGAGACAGGUGUUUGAGGAGGAGCACCACAUCCUGUAUCUGGAUCACGGCGGCGUCAUCGUGGCCAUCAAAGACACGUCCAUCCCACUCAAGAUACUCAAGUUCAGCGUCGACGAAGGCCGGACGUGGACGGUGCACAACUUCACCAGCACCUCUGUGUUUGUGGACGGACUGCUGAGUGAGCCCGGGGACGAGACGCUGGUCAUGACAGUGUUCGGACACAUCAGUUACCGCUCAGACUGGGAGCUCGUCAAAGUGGACUUCAGACAAUCCUUCCCUCGUCAGUGCACCGAGGAGGACUACGAAUCCUGGCAGCUCACCGACCUCCAGGGAGAGAAAUGCAUCAUGGGACAGGAGAGGAGCUUCAGGAAGAGGAAGGACUCGUCUUUUUGCAUCAAAGGGAAGAGCUACACGUCGGCUCUGAGCACGAAACCAUGUCAGUGCACCGAGAGAGACUUCAACUGCGACUAUGGCUUUGAGCGCUCCCAGACUGAAGGCCACAGAUGCUUCGCUGACUUCUGGUUCGACCCUGAUGCCCCGCCAGACGACUGUCAUCUGGGGAGGAGCUACGAGUCCGGCACCGGGUACAGAAAGGUGAUCUCCAACUCGUGUGAAGGAGGCGUCAACAAACAGCAGAGCUCCAAGCAGCACUCCUGCCCUCUGCUGCCCCCUAGAGGACUGCAGCUGGGCAUCAAAGGACAGAUGCUGACUGUGGCGCCCUCUGAUGACAUCACAUUCAUCGUCCACCAAGAACAGGGCGACACCAGCAGCACUAAGUACCAGGUGGAUCUGGGGGACGGGGUGAGGGCCAUCUACCAGAACCUGACCGUGACCGACGAGCCCAUCCAGCACCGCUACGAGAGUCCAGGGGUCUACAGGGUCAGCGUGAGGGCCGAGAACAUGGCAGGACACGCACAGACCACCAUGUACAUCCAGGUCACAGCGCCUCUGCAGGAGGUGCACUUGGAGGUGGUCCCCAUCGCAGGAGUGAACCAGGAGGUGAACCUGUCUGCUGCAGUGCUGCCCGCCGAGGCCAACCUCACCGUCUUCUACUGGUGGAUCGGAGACAACCUGCAGCCCGUCCUCAGCCUCCAGAGCAGCCUGCUGACCCGCUUCUCUGAGGCUGGAGAGGUGUCCGUCACUGUGCAGGCCUCCAACGGCCGCUCCAUGGUCCAGGACACUCAGACGGUCCGGGUCUACGAGCACUUCCAGGUGAUCCCGCUCAGCUUCAGUUCGAACCUCGACCACUACAACCCCAACAUCCCCGAGUGGAGGCAGGACGUGGGGCAGACGGUCACCAGGAUCCUCUCCAGGAUCACGGGGGUCCCUCAGGAGUCUCUGGUCACCGUGGUGAAACCGGGGCUCCCCACCUCCGCCGACCUGUACGUACUUCCACGAGACCAGCAGCCGGUCAAACAGAGCCGCUUCGGAGACAAGCGCAUACCGUCCCUGAUCCAAGCCUUCAACGACAACAACGUGACGUUCAUGGUGCGAGGAGGUCAGCAGGUCCUGGUGAUGCUCGCCGACCCCAACGCAGGCUACCACGGUGCAGCCGGAGGUCCAGGUGUAUGGGCUGUCUGUGUCCUGUUCCUGGUCAGCGUCAUCGCCACCGGCUCCUUCAUCCUGUACAAGUUUAAGAGGAAGCUCCCGGUGAACAGGAACGUGUACGCACAGAUGCACAACCAGAAGGAGCAGGAGAUGACCAGCCCCGUGUGUCACAGCGACGACACACAACACAUCAUCCAGGGGGAGGAGUUUAUCGAUGACGACCUGGACGCACACACGCUAGCGAACCACACGGUGAUGGAGGAGGUGAUGGAGGAGGUGAUGGAGGAGGUGAUGGAGGAGGCGAUGGAGGAUGUGAUGGAGGAGGUGAUGGAGGAGGUGCUGGAGGAGGUGAUGGAGGAGGUGAUGGAGGUGAUGGAGGAGGUGAUGGAGGAGGUGAUGGAGGAGGUGAUGCAGGAGGUGAUGGAGGAGGCCCAGCAGGAAGACCCUUCGGAGGAGGCGAGGGAGAUCAGGGACGACCCGUCCAUGAGGGAGUGUGGUGCUCCUCUGAGGGAGGAGGUGGUGAGGGAGAACGCCCUCACUCUGGUGCGAGUGAGAGGAGGUGAUGCCUCAGACAAGGCUGAAGUGCUGGGGGAGUACAUCGCUCACAGCAGGCAGUAG